UUCAUUUUAAACUUCGCAGGUGUUGUUUCGCAAAGCGCUUGAAAUCAUAAAAUAAAACCGUAAAAAAAAAAGAAUUUUAUACUAAAAUAUAAAUUUAUAAACAAACAACAAAAAUAUUUGAAUAUAAAAAAAAUCAUAAUUAAUAUUUGUUACAAACAGAAAAUAUUAUAAACAAAAAAAAAUAAAUGUUAAGAAAAAAAUUUGAGAAAUAUUUUUUUUUAGAAAAACGUUUAGUGUCAAAGAUUUUUCUAAUAUUUUUUUGCAAUAAAUAAAACAAAUUUAAAGGAAAAAUUCCCUGAGUGUUUGUCUAGCUGUGUGACUGUGUGUGAGUGUGAGUGUGUGCAAGUAUUUGUGCACAUCAUUUGUUUACUGUUUACAUCCGAGUUCUUCUAUUCAUCACAAUUCAAUUCAACUCAACUCACAUCAGUUGUUUUGUUUAACAAAACAAAUAAGUUGAUAAAUACAAGCGGAGAGUAAAGGAUGAUAAAGUGAGAGUAAAUAAUUUUGCAUAUUAAAAAGAAAAAGCGCUUAAAUACGGAAAAUAUAUAAUACAGACAAUUGUGAAAAGUCAACAUGAACUUAAAGCCUACAAUAUUACUAAUAUCAAUGUUCCUGGGGUGUAUACUAAGUACAGUGGAAGCCUAUCCCGACUAUGAAGAUGAGGGUAGCCAUGCUCAGGCUGAGAAUGCUCAACACAAUGCUAAUGAUGAACUUUAUGAUCCUGCCUUAUUUCAACAAAAAGUUGAAGCCACCGAUAGAAAAUAUGAAGCAAUUAAUCAUAUGGACAUGGAUAUGGACUCAAAAACAGAAGUCACUUUAAAGAAUGUGCGCAAUAUAUCAGACAAUCAAUUAUCUAAUGAAUAUAUUUCGAUAGAAAAUGAAGAUCAGCAUGAUAUUGAUAUGGCAGAUGAAAUUGAAGAAGAUGAUAAUAAUACAUCUAUACAAAGUACCGAACAAAAUGCGAAGGUGUUCAACAAGGAAGAGGAAUAUGGAACUGACAAUCCACUAAGUAAAAAAAUCAGAAUGGGUAGACUUUUUAACUCCACCAUUACCACAACAGUACCGCAAUAUAUACGAAAACUUGCAGACGAAAACCCAAUUUUAACAGCGAAAGACAUUAAUGUUUCCAAUUCCGAUUAUGUGGAAAAUGAAGAUGAAAUUGUAGAUCGUAUACUCAGAAAGCAUACAACCAAAAUACCCUUGAGCAGAAGCCUAGACAAUUCUAGUGAGGAAAAUGAUGAUAUUGUUCCCUUGGCUAUGAAAUAUUAUGAUGAAAUACCUCCUGAAAAUGCCUCUUCAUUCCGUCAUGUAGAGGAAGUCAAUUCGGAAGACUACUACGAAGAUGAAUAUCAUGAUCCAGAGUCAACAACGACAACAACAUCCACCACGAUACAGACACCUGACAAUAGCCUUUUACGCACUUUAUUUGCAGGCUUCACCACAACCACUGACUUGAUCACCAGCACAACGACAGCACCUACGCUCACACCAACCCCUCUCACAACAACCUUAGCUGGCAAUAAUCCCAUAAUUGGACAAUUUGACUCAUCAGUAUUUACAACUUCAGCACCGCUACCCCCACCACCCCAACCACAAACACAAACAGUAUUGGGUUUAACAACAACAUCACGUAUUGCAGCUGCCGUCGCUGCCACAAAUGACAAAAAAGGUAAACAAAUACCCAUUAUCAGCACAGUUCCAGUUGUUACAACGACUACAACAAUCAGCAGUAGACGUCGUCUUUUGCCACACGAACAAUUACGUAACUACAUUGAAGAUGCCUACAUACGUAUGCCACUUGCGGUCAUCGUUGAUCCAUCUGCAGAAUCAUUGGAGAAAACGAAAACAUUAUGGAAUGAUGCCAUGCGCUCAAAUUUGAAUAUAAAAAUUGUUUUGGUGACAUUAAAUGAGUCCGAGGAAUCACCAGCUGCAUUUUAUUUCAACAAUACUCGACAAUUUUUAACCGGUUUAAAUAGUAUCAAAGAGCAAAAGAGCGGUGAUGCCUUCAGGGGAAUAUCACAUGCAGCAGAAUUAGUACCCUAUGACAGUGCAGUAUUUAUAUCAACGGCCCAAUUAGCCAAACACACAGAUCAAGUGCAAGAUUCGGCCAUAACACUGCUCAAAAAAAGAAUAAGGCUUUAUCUUAUUUGGUUUGGUGAACGCUCGUUAAGUGAAAAUGAAACACAAGACUCAGUUGGCGGUAUAUUGGGAGAGGUAGCCAUACGAUCAGGUGGAGAAAUUUUACAUAUAGUGGGUAGUGAGAAUUCCCAAGAAUUGGAAGGUAGUACGCUAACAAUAGUAGCCGACGCCUUGCGUGGUUCCCAGGAAGUCGAUGUACCCGUGGAUACAACAUUAUCAAGUUUACAUGUAAAAAUCGAUAAACUGAUGAGAAGAGCAGUUUUGGAAACGCCCAAUGGCGAAAUUAAUUUGAAAAAAUUAGUUAAAUUUAAAACACACUCAUUAAACACAUUUGAUGACGAAGAUAAGCGCUUAGAUGCUUAUGUGCCUUUAACAAAAUUACGCAAAGCCACUGUUUACAAAUUAAAGGUGAUACCAGAAGAUUUAACAACGGAAUACAGUGUUUUCAUAAGAGGCGAACGUAAAGCUGACACUUUUCUAGAUGAUAUGAUUAAACACUUUGAAACAUAUUUCUUUGAAGGCCACACCUCAUACCCGGCCCGUGUACGCAAUGGUAAGUUGCAACAGAGUCUUGUACCAGCCGUUAGUGAUGUCACACCAAUUCUAACACAUGGUAAUUUACAAUUUCCAAAAGAUGAAAAAACUUUGCCGAAAAGUCAAGUUGAAACAUUUUCGACUCAAGAAAUACACCAGAAUACAAUAAAUACCCAUGCAAAUAAUAUUUCAUCUCUGGCGGCAACAACAGCGCAGCCUCAACAAAGAAACACAAAUAUUUUACAAAGAACAAAUACAAAAAUAGAAAUGGGUACACAAUCGCAAAUUCUAAUAGCACCCGGUAUGUUGGGACAAUUAUAUUUUGAAAUCACAAAUACAGGUUCGGAAGCGACCUACUAUACUAUACAAGUAGUAGAUGAAAGACGAUAUUUAAUGAGAUUAACACCACAAAGUUUAUUUUUACGUGCUGGUCAAAUGACGACGGUUACAGUAACAGUUUUAGUGCCACAAAAUGCAAAUGGAAACACUGUAGAUCAUAUCACAUUUUCGACAACAGCAGCUGGAACUACAACUUCCCUAACACUUAAUCUUAAAGUUAUAACUACCAUAGACGCACAGGACAACACAUCGCCUGCUAUUUCAUGGACGUUUGGCAGUCGUUGUGAAGGAGUUUCCAGCGAAUUUGAUUCAUGUUCAGAACGUUUUUGGAGUAUGUACAUUACCGCCCAGGAUUGGCAAACUGGUAUAAUGCGUUUACAAGCCACUCCCUCCUCCGGUUUAAUUUACACAAAAUCAUAUACGGUUGGCACCACCGAACCUUUGAAGGCUUCUUAUGUGGCUUCUUGUUGUGAGCCCAAAGUAUCGCUAGUGGCCUUUGAUGUAGCUGGCAAUCAACGCUCCCAUACCAUCGAUGUUAGGGAGUUGGUGUUGACAGAAGCCUCAAUAGCAGCCAUUGCUUUGGGAGUUAUUUUACUAAUACUGCUUAUUAUAUUGUUAAUAGCUGCCAUAGUAUGGUGUUGUCGCCGCCGUAAAAUAGUAUUAGAUCUACCAACAUAUAGGUCACAUUCUACCAGAAGUAUGGAAUAAGAGCAUAGUUCAGAAGGCCAUAGUUUUUUUUUUAAUUAUUUGUAAACAUACAUAUAUGCGCUACAUAUUAAUGUAACUAACAUUUUGAAAAUUUUGUAU